CGGUGGCCCUGAGGGAGUGCGGGCCGGGGUCGGGCCCCCAAGAGUACGAGGUGCGGGGGCAGCAGGUCUGCGAGUGGAAGUGUCGCGGCGGCGCACUUGCAGCAAGAACCGGGAGGAGCAGGAGACAGCGAGGAUAGGCCCAGGAGCAAUGGCGUCCAAAGAGGAACAAGCAGUAAAAAAUCUCUACAUGGAAAAUGCCAACCAGGAGAAUGAAAACAAGGAUGAAAAGGAGCAAGAUGCUAAUAAAGGAGAGCCUUUCGCCCUCCCUUUGGAAGCUGGUGAAUAUUGUGUACCUAGAGGAAAUCGUAGGAGGUUCCGUGUUAGGCAGCCCCUCCUGCAGUAUAGAUGGGACAUGACUCAGAGGCUUGAAGAGCCACAGGCAAGGAUGAGAGAAGAGAAUAUGGAAAGGGUUGGGGAGGAGGUGAGGCGGCUGAUGGAAAAGCUGAGGGAAAAGCAGUUGAGUCAUAGUCUGCAGGCAGUUAGCACUGACCCCCCUCACCGUGACCAUCAUGAUGAGUUUUGCCUUAUGCCUUGAAUCCUGAUGUUUUCCCUGAAGUUAGUAGGAAGACACACCUGCUUCCUAAACUUACAUGUUUGU